AUGGCCUCCGACGAAGAUUACAUGGCGUUCCUCGAUAAAGCCAACGAGGAUCCCAGCGCCGGCAUAUCAAAUACUAGUAGUUACAAACAACCCGAAUUUAAAACUACGGAUGAUGAUGUCGAUGUACCUGGGGUAUUGGUCAGAGCGACAAAGGACGCGUGGUAUAUCAGUGAUGCUGAUGAACCUUUUGUGGUUGUAGCUUUGAAGAAUGAGGGCGAGGGAUUACCAGAUGAAGAAACAUUCGCCCGUCUCAUAGCUCAUCCUUCACCCGCAGACGCAGCAGAAGAUAUCCAAAUCAUGGAUAUAGGCGAAUGGGAUCCCGACGCAUAUUACAAAGAGAUUGUCAACGCGAUUAGGGAGGCUAGUAAAGGGAGCGAUGUGAGGGUUUACAGGAUACCCGGACAAGGAACUAGAGUUGAAUAUUGGAUUGUGGGAACUGAGGGGGGGAGAUUAGUAGGAGCGAAGGCUUUGGGAAUUGAGAGUUAG